AUGUCGGAUUGCCUUACUGCGCCCUUGCACCAAAAGCUCAAGAAGGAGCGAGAAGAGAAGAUGGCACUCAGGGCUCAGCAUCACGCUAUGGAGGAGACUCUGGUGGCACGGAUCGAUGCAAUAGCAGAGCAGGUGAGAGAGAAAGACGAGCAGGUGAAUGAGUUAAACAAGCGUAUGGAAGAGUUAGUGAAGCAGGAGAGGGAGAAGGAGAAGAGGGAAGGGGAGAGAGACAAGAGGGAAGGGGAGAGAGACAAGAGGAAAGGGGAGAGAGACAAGAGGGAAAGGGAGAGAGACGAGAAGCUGAAUGAGUUAUUUGAACAAGGAAGGGAGAAAGACGAGAAGCUGAAUGAGUUAUUUGAACAAGGAAGGGAGAAAGACGAGAAGCUGAAUGAGUUAUUUGAACAAGGAAGGGAGCAAGACGAGCAGAUAAGUACCCUAACACAGAUCCUCUAUGAGACACGCCAAUCGCUGUCUGGCGCAGAUGCAGAGUCCGAAUGGAUUGUGGUGAUGGAUACACCUCGGUUGGACGAGAUCAAGUUACGAAACAUACUCGAUGUUGCAAUGGCAAGACUUGCUAUAGCUGCACGCCUAACCGACAAGCUUCCUAAUGCUUCAAUCGUAUGGCGGGAUUCCCUGGGAACUUCAGCCGACACCGUGACCAGGAGGGCAAUCGCUGAAGGGCUUCUAAGCCGGGAGGGUCUACAGCUUCCAGAAUCUAUUCAAAAUCUUCGCAAGUCUCGCCAAGGGAUGGACUUGGUUGUGGAGAAGUACUCUAAGAUCCGAUCUCGAGGCGAUAGAGUGGCUUACCAGGCACGGCCCAUCCGCGCGUUGAAUGAUACUGCUGUGCAGCGUUCGCAAAUUGAGGGAAUGGGCGUAGUUGCAGAGGUAGCAUACGACCAUUGA